GAAACAAAGACAAAAUUCCAUAAAAAUCAUAAGAAAAGCAUCACAGCAACAGUAACAUAAUAAAAGCUGAAAAGAAGAAAACAAGAUCCACCUCGAACACCCCAUUCUCUCCCCCUCCCCCUCUGUCACCAAUCUUGAAUUUCCGGCGACCCUUAUUUACAAUUGACCCAAAAUUUUCUUUUUGUAUCUAUAGACGCACAUAUAUACUAGUCUACGCCUCAAGUCUUUGUGCGUAGAGAGAGAAAUGAGGGAAGAAGAUUCCAAUUGGUUUGCUAAAUGGGCAGAUGAGCUUCCAUCUCCGGAGGAGCUUAUGCCCUUAUCUCAAACCCUAAUUAGCCCUGAUCUAGCCCUAGCUUUUGAUAUCCGCAACCCGGGAAACACGGCGGCGGUGCCGCCGCAAUCGCACCACCACGCGCCGGCGCCGCCGGUGUCCGCCGUGCACACGCCGUCGUCGCAGCCGAACUCUUCGGCGGAAUUUGACUCCGGCGAGAUGGGCGGCGGCGGCGGCGGGGACGAGCCGGCGAGGACUCUGAAGCGGCCGCGCCUCGUGUGGACCCCGCAGCUGCACAAGCGAUUCGUGGACGCGGUGGCGCACCUGGGGAUCAAGAAUGCGGUGCCGAAGACGAUAAUGCAGCUGAUGAGUGUGGACGGGCUGACCCGCGAGAACGUGGCGAGUCAUUUGCAGAAGUAUAGGCUCUAUCUGAAGCGUAUGCAGGGGCUAUCCAACGGCGGCGCCGGCGCCGGGAACAACUCCGGUGCCGUCGCCGGCGCCGGAGAUCCCGCCACGGACCACCUGUUCGCGAGUUCGCCGGUGCCGGCCCAUUUCUUGCACCCGGGGAGGCCUAAUUCCGAGCAUUUCAUGCCGUUUGUGAACAUUCCGGCAAUGCAACACCACCAGCAGAUGGCGGCGGUGCUUCAUCCGCCGUACCGGCAUUUCGGGUCACCCCCUAACGCCCAAUUUGAGCAUCCAUUUGUUUCCCGGCAAUCCCAGCAGAGGAUGGGGACUCCUGUACAUAAUAGGAGCCCUGUUGCGCCACCGUAUGCGGUGGAUGAUGUCGAAUCCGCCGCCGCAAACGCCCGGAAAGUCCUCACACUCUUCCCCACCGGAGAUGACUGAAUUCAAUUGGGGAUGGAUACUGAUUAGUAAGAGCCAUUGCAGUGUAGAGAUGUAAGAACAAGAUUUUCAUCGAGGGGCAGCAGGGCAAGGCAAUAUAUACUGAUUUCAAUUCUCCUGCCCAUAUGGAGCUUAAUUGAUUCUCUCGCUAGCUCGCUCUUCUUAGUGUCGUGUAGAUGUGAACAUGAACGUACCUUGCUUCUUGUACAUUGUCGAUCUGUUUGCAUAGUGAACUAAACUGUCUAUUGCCUAUUGGAGAAUUAAUCCUCCUUGAGAACAAUAAUACAGUCACAAUCUUGAUGUUGUCUAAAUGUUGAUGAUCCAUUUUUAUCUCCUA